AUGACAAAAAUUUUGAAAAGACAAAAGAAAAAGUAUUUCUCUAUUUAAAUAUUUAUUUAGUCUAUUAACUAAUAAGAUCUAAUAAGAUCUCUUUAAGACAAGAUUACUUGAAAAAGAUGAUAUACUCUAUGAAGCCAAAAAUUAAUUUGAAAAAUAUUUACUCAUUGUAUUUAAAAUAAAUGGAAAAUGCUAAUCUUAAUAUAAUUAUUAAUAUUUUUCUAUACACAAAUUGCUUAAGCAAAUGAGAUUCUCAAAGAUCAAAUCAAAAAAAUCUCUGAUCUUGAACUCAAAAUCAAAGAAUUGGAAUCCAAAUUGUCAGAAACCAAUAAAUAAUAUAUCGAAUCACUAGAACAUUCUAAAUAAUUAGAUCUUGAAGUAAAAUUUACUUAUUUAUUUAGCUUAAAAAAUCUAUUUAAACGAAUUCAAAACUAUAGGAACAAUUCAUAUUCAAAGAUGAAGAAUUACAAAAUUCUAAAUAACUUUAAUAAGGAAUACUUCAAGACAAUUCUCAUUUAAAAAGUAAAUUAGAGUCUCUAUUACAAAUUAAUUCAAAAACUAAAACUAAUAAAGGAUUAAGAAAUUGAAUUAAUUAAAGAAUAAUAAAAAUCUUUAGCAACUCAAUUAAAAACUAGUUAAGGCUAUGCUACCAGAUUUAAAUAAAUAACUAGAAAUGGAUAAUACUGA